GCCAACGCGGAUGGACGGACGGCGUGCGUUCUCUUCCCCAUUCGAGCGAGAGAUUCGGAUAAGAGACUCUCACUACCAGCAGCAGCAGCAGCGAUUCUAGGAUUGGAUUGUUCAUGUGGUGCGUUUGACGAAGAUAUUUUUUCCCUGUACAUUGAUGAGAGGAAACGAGCAGAAGGAAAAACGGUGAAAAGAUAUCAGCUUUUUCUCACAGUUGUUUAUCUAAAUCUAAGCCAACAGAGCAGUUUGUGUGGUUCACAAUAUAAGUAUAUAUUCAGAUAGUUUUUUCGACUGUGGCUCUCGCGAGUGGGAAGCAGUGUGCGGCCGUGUGAAGUUGAAAUUGAAGGGGGACGUGAAGCAUUAGUGGAAAUCAUGGGAAAUCAAGAAGAGCAUAGAGCUUAGCUUAAAGUGAAUGUAUCGUUGUGUGAUGAAGAGGAAGAAAGGAGAAAAUCUGUGAAAUUUCAGUGUUCUUUAGGUUAUUACAUAUAUGUUAAUGUGCUGAAAAGGUGAUUUUUGGCUCACGUACACUGCCUAGCGACAAUUCUCAUAACAGGUAACCAGCAAAGUGUGUUCAUUGAGUAUUUAAGCCAAACCCAGAUAUAACUAGACGGUGAAAGAAGAAGCUGCUUCAACCAGGAAAAUAUUUCUGAUCGUAGAGUAAAUUCUCCGUGUAAAAUAGAAUAGAAAUUUUCGAGUAUUAUUGAUUGCGAAUGUUGUUCAACUACACUGCCAUUUUCAACCAGCGUGAGUGUGCGUGAAUACGGUUCUUCAGUGUGUCUUCUCUAAAAGUGAAUUCGUGUUCGUUCUACACGGCCAUCCAACAACGCAUUGGUACAGCUUGCCAGCUAGCCAGCCAGCCAGCCAUCGCUAGAAGCAUCAGACUCACCGUCAUACAGCGAAACCGAAUCAUCGGAGAAUGGAAUAAAAGUGCAUGUGCUCGAAAGAGAAAAGGAGAGUGACCCGAGCCCAGGGUUGUACCGGAAGUUAGUGAGAAUCUAAUCGCGAAGCAGCAGAAGAUUCACAGAGAUGAUUUCGUUGUUGUGGGUGAGAGGUAUUAAAUAUUUACUGCCAGUACCAACUAGCAUUCAAAAGCCGGUUUCGGUGAAUGCUCCGUGAAACCAAUAGUGAGAACUAGCACGAAAAGCUGCCAUUUUACUAUAGAGAAAUUGAACACUAGUUUUUCAACAGCAAAAAACGAAUCCCGAGCUUCAAUUCAACGAAUUUUACAAGGUCGAUAAAAUCAUUCCAACAAUUGCUGUACGUCUGUCCGGACUUUACGCGUGCCAAUGAAGUUCACCUGCGUCUUGGGCUUAUGCUCAAAGUGAAUGGAGACUACGAGCGAUCGCUGAAGCACCUGCAACUCGCCUAUUCGGACUCGUCGCCGUGUACCUUCGGCAAGCUUGAAAUACGCUUUCACAUCGCCCAUUUGUAUGAGGUUCAGAACAAGUUCAAAGCUGCAAAAGAAGCCUACGAGCAGCUCCUUGGGGACAAACAGCUGACAUCUGCGCUAAAGGCUGACAUUUGCCGCCAGCUAGGAUGGCUCUAUCACAGUGUUGAAACGCUCGGCGAUAAAGCACAACGGGAGCGUUUUGCCAUUCAGUGUCUCCAGAAAUCGAUCGACGCGGAACCAAAAUCGGGCCAGACACUGUACCUGCUGGGACGGUGCUUCGCAGGAAUCAACAAGGUGCACGACGCCUUCAUUGCCUACCGCAACUCAGUCGAGAAGAGCGAGGGAAACGCGGACACAUGGUGCUCCAUCGGAGUACUCUACCAGCAGCAGAACCAGCCUAUGGACGCAUUGCAAGCCUACAUAUGUGCUGUGCAAUUGGAUAAAUCUCAUUCUGCAGCUUGGACUAAUCUAGGUAUUUUAUACGAAAGCUGCAAUCAACCGCGGGAUGCUUAUGCCUGCUAUUUGAAUGCCACAAAGAAUUCGGACGGACAGCAAUCGACCGUAGUGUCAGCCUUAACCACUGCCAGCAGUGCCAAUGCAACGAAUGCAACAGGAACUGCAGUAACAACAGGAAACACCCCCAACACAAACACAACUUCCACGGGUUCAUCCGGUUCAGCAGCUACAGCAACCCCCGUCACAACAGCGACACGCACUGGAGCCAGCGUUACCGAUUCUGCGAUUGCCACCGGUGGAGGUUUCGUAAAGCCCCAAAACCUCGCCCAGAGGAUAAAGUUUCUCCAACAGCAUCUGGCACACGCACCUAUGCCUAGUAUUACCUCCAAACGACGGCAGCUACCGUCGAUAGAGGAAGCGUGGAAUCUGCCAAUCUCGAACGAAAUGAGCUCCCGUCAACAGCAGCAAACGGCCGCAGCGCAGGCUCAGCAGCGGCAAUAUCAGAAAGGAUACGUACAGGGUAACCAGGCCCAAUUUCAAGGUAACAACCCAGCGGCGGCCAACAAACGUUUCAAACAGGAAGAUGGUCAAGUGGUACGCCCCGGCCAGGUGCCGAAUUUCUACCUUAAUCAGCAGCAAUUGCAUAUGCUGCAAUACCUGCAGCAGAAUCAAACCACUUUAAAUGCUCAGCAGCAAAAUUUGCUGCAGCAGUACGCCCAUCAGUACCGACUGAUGCAGCAACAUCAGCAGCUUCGUCUGCAACAACAACAGCAACGGAAUCAGCAAGCUCAGCAACAAGCCGGAGCAGCCGCCUUCCAAGGACAGCAGAUAGCAGCAGCCGCAUCUUAUGGAUCGCAAACUCAACCUCAGCAAACGGGACAGUUGUUAGGUGGUAAUGGAAGCUUCGCAGCAACUGGACAGAAUUUUAAAACCACCGCUGGAACAUAUGCCGGCGUUGGAAGCUUCCAGAACCAAGCGAACGCGGCUGCGUUCACUCAGUUAAGCGGAACCAAUCAAGCAGAUCUAGAUCAAGAAUUGCAAGCCUUACUCUCGUCCAAGGAUGAUACUGCCACCUUUGCCGAAUCACUCCUCAAACAGUUUGCUUCCGAUGAUUUGGACAUCAAGGACAUUAAACAAAUCGACCAGCAUGGCCAAAGUGCUGUUGCACUUAGCGAUUCAGGUGUCGGUCGAUCAGACAGCGAAAAGUCGCCCACGAUAAAGGCGGAAUCUACCUCAGCCAUGGCUGGUGGCGGGGCAUCUGCGAUGGCAAACUCAGCUGCUGCAGCUAAGAGACAUCUGCUGGCGAAGCACGACAUUAAAUUAGAGCCUGUCAUAAAGAUCGAAAAACUUUCUGAGCCAGCACUGAAGCCUGGCUUCAGUAUUGAAAUGACCGCCAAGGAACUUCUGCAGGCGGUCAAGAAGUCCGAUCUCAAAGACGUCCCCGCUAUCUGUUCGACGAUGGUGAUGGACUCGCCUCCUCCCGCGCCUCCAGAAUGCCCACCACAGCGACUGACCCGCGAACAACUGCAACCUCCCACGCCAUCGGUUUUUCUUGAAAACAAAAAACACGCGUACAGUCCGCAGUUGCAAGAAUUCUGCUUGAAGCAUCCCAUUGCGGUUGUGCGGCAGCUGGGAGCUGCCCUCAAGCUCGAUUUGGGACUGUUUUCAACCAAGACUCUGGUUGAGGCGAAUCCCGAUCAUAGUAUAGAGGUGCGAACGCAGGUGCACCAGUCGGCCGACGAGAACUGGGAUCAGUCGAUGAAAUCGAAGGUAUGGGCGUGCAUUUCGCAUCGAUCGCACACGACUAUCGCCAAGUAUGCCCAGUAUCAGGCGUCGAGUUUUUCCGAUAAGAUUAAGGAGGAACGUGACAAAUUGGCUGGCGUUCCGCUUACCAACUCCGAUUCGGACUCGAAGGAUUCGAUAACUAACAGCAAUGGGGCUGGUUCGGGCGGUAAUAACGGCAGGCGAAAGCGCUGCAAAAACGGCAAUAAGAUGUUGCGUUUCGGCACCAAUGUGGAUCUGUCGGAUGAGCGAAAGUGGAAAACCCAGCUGACGGAGCUGCAAAAGUUGCCACCUUUUGCUCGGGUUGUCUCGGCUGCCAACAUGCUUUCCCACGUGGGUCACAUGAUUUUGGGGAUGAACACGGUGCAGCUGUACAUGAAAGUGCCGGGCAGCCGAACACCGGGUCACCAGGAAAAUAAUAACUUCUGCUCGAUUAACAUCAACAUCGGACCGGGGGACUGCGAGUGGUUUGCGACACCCGAUUCCUACUGGGGGGGCAUUCAGGCACUGUGCGAGAAGAAUAACAUCAACUAUCUGCACGGGUCCUGGUGGCCAGCGCUCGAAGAUUUGUAUGCCGAGAAUAUUCCGGUGUAUCGAUUCACACAACGACCGGGCGACUUGGUGUGGGUUAAUGCUGGAUGUGUGCACUGGGUACAAGCGAUAGGAUGGUGUAACAAUAUUGCAUGGAAUGUUGGACCUCUAACUGCGCGGCAAUAUCAGCUGGCAAUCGAACGGUACGAAUGGAACAAACUGGAAAACUACAAGAGCAUUGUUCCGAUGGUACACCUCAGCUGGAACCUGGCCCGCAAUAUCAAAGUUUCUGACACGAAGCUGUUCGACGCAGUGAGAACCUGCCUAAUGCAAACCAUGAAGCACUGCAUGCAAGUGCUAGAGUACGUGAAAUCGAAAGGUAUCGAAGUUCGAUUCCACGGACGAGGAAAGAAUGAGGCAUCCCAUUAUUGCGGCCAGUGCGAAGUGGAAGUGUUCAACAUUCUGUUCAUUCGGGAGCAGGAAAAACGCCACGUUGUGCACUGCAUGGGCUGUGCACGAAAGCAAGCCCCAACGUUGCAAGGCUUUGUCUGUUUGGAAGAGUACAAACUGGCUGAGCUGAUGCAGGUCUAUGACGCGUUUGUACUCCACCAGCCGCCUCCACUGUCCAUCCAGCCGCCGUCAGUUCCAGCGCCUUCCCAAUCCCCUCAGCAAUCCAUCUCGAUGUCUAUGGUCACUGGUCAGCAACAGCAGCAGCAAUCACUCCCAGCAUCCUCAUCGACCGUCACCAUCAGUUCGUCUUCGUCCAGCUCAUCGAUCGGCGCUGUACCGACUAGUUUACCCUCGGGCAGUAGUAGCAGUAGUAGUAACGGAGGUAGCGGUGGGCCGAUCGUAACCCCGAUACAGCUCUCGUGAAAGGUCGAGGAAAUGUACCAGCAGGUGAUGAUGGAAGAUAACGACUAAGAUCAAGGUUUGUUCGUUUGUACGUUUCAAGAGUUUAUUUAAGAUUCAGUUUAGUUCAAUUUUUUUUGACACUUAAUUUUGAGGCGGUGUGCCUCACAAGAAAAAGACUUAUCUGAUCCAUCCCAAAAGUGAAGAGAUAGAAAGUCGAACAUUUUCAUUUGUGAAUAUUGCUCUAUUGUACAUAUUCAAGUGUCGAAAGUUUAAUAUACUAGAAUUACGACGGGGGCUUUGAUCUGCUGAUCUCGAAUGAAAUACACGUAAUUAUUUAUGCAACCAAUCACUGCUUUACUAGCCUGUACAUUAUCUCGCGAUAAAGCGCCGCGACAGGAUAAAUAUUUAAUUCACAUAGAACAAGAUUACAGAUGAAGCGAACAAGUUUCCUUAAAUCUAAGUAGUUUAAUUUAUUUUCCUAAACAGAGUUAGGAGAGUGCAAAGAUUUCACAAAAAAAAAGAAUGAAAAGGUACACGUUUCCCAAACCGAUUUCGCGUAAAGCCCGUUGGUCUGUUUGUCGUUACCGACCGGAAAUGAAAUGAUCCACUUUUUGUUUGCUUAAAAUGCGUUACCAAAUACGACCAAGAAAAAACACAAAACAGCAAACCCGACCGUAGAAUCGAACAAUGCAAAGUAACAAAAAACAACAAAGCCACUAGUUUUUUUACACUCAGAUAAAAACAGCAGCAUCAGCAGCGAGCAAAACAAAGCAAAAACUCAGGAAAACUUACGAAAAACGUUUAAAGAAUUAGGAAAUCGGAAAUAAAAAAAAAAAAAAUAGUAAGUUAACAUUUUUGAAGUGACAACAUUCAUUAAACCAUACACUAUCUCGUAGUAGGCACAGUCGAAAACUGGGAGGAGGGCGUUGAUGAAACCAGUUUGCGAAAAUAUUAUAUUUUUCUAUCUCAGAAAGCUAAACAGAGGAAAAUACUCUGCUACAUUUUAUAGACGGGAAAAAUCAUGAUUAACAUUUACAUACAACAUAACAUACACAAAGCAUUCAGCAUCAAAAGCAUGUCUAGGAUGGAGUUGGAAUGACGGGCGCGCUAAGCUACGUUGCGACUAAACGGAGUAAUGAGAUGUGUGUAAACAUGUGCGUUAUGCGUUGGUUGCUGUUUGUCGAUUUACUUUUUUCAGAUUCUAAGGCAAAUUAGUUUAGUGUGGAAACUAGUAUGUUUCGACGUGGGACUACUUCUAACUUUGACGGUACAAAUUCCAAUUGCUUCGCGUGACAUGAAACGUUACCAUAGGGUUUGAACUACUGCUAAAAUCAAAAGGGUUCUUAGUUUUUUUUUUUUGCAUCAAUCGAAAUGUGUAUUCUCUAUACCUUGUAUGAUGCUAGGUACAUACUAACAAGACAUUUUUUGUCUUAUUUGAGCACAGCUUGAGGAAUCAAAGAAGCAGUUUAAACAAAAAUAUUUAAAAGAAUUGAUACCACAUUUUUACAAACCAACCGUAGUCCCACAUCAAAUACACACUCAGUUAUGUACACUAUCUUUAAACUUUUUUGCAUUGCCGUCUAAAAUAAUUUCUUCUGGAAGGGCGAUCACCAAUCCACCACUAACAGAACAAUUUUAAAAUCAAGUUGGAAAGGACGUGUGUCUGAUCUCGAAGUGGAACCGUACUUUCACUGUUCCCGUUCACCCACCGGACUAGGAUACUGCAAAUUGCAAACUAUUUAGACAAAAAACAAAACAAACGAUCGAUUGACUGAUUUUAUUAAAAUUCUCUAUUACUUGGUAGGUUUGAACAUCGAUUCCACGUUGCCGUCGCAUCUUCGCAUAUCGGUGUGGCAGUUAUUUUGCAUGUUUUAGUUAGAACAAUUCAUUUCAUUAACUCAUGUUUGCAUUGUUGUACGAUUCUUCCGGAAACUAGGCGAAUAUGGGCAUUCAGUCGCGUGCGUACGUGCGAACUGUCUCGGGAUUCGAUGAUAAUCCAUAAGGUGCUUUAGUUUGAGCUAAGAUUUAUGUUUACGCCGAGCGCAAAUUAUUCGUAAGUGUGUAUGUGUUUGUAUGUAUAUCAGUGAAUGAAAGAGUAUAGGACACUAGUUGAAGGAGAAAUACAAGUAUAGUUAAGUAGUAGAAGGAAAUCUAAUAUCGCAUCGUAACCGGUUACGCAUGUGGUCUAAGUGUGAAUUAUAAGCUAUAUUAGCGCUAAGUGGAUAGGAGGGUUGGCAAACGCGGGGAUAGGAGGAAUCCUAAUCUUCAUGCCAAUGUAGUUGCAAGGUUCAGAACCGGUUAGGACAAUUGUGUUUCAUAUAGCGAAAGCGUGCUCUGCUAGCCGGAGCCUAGGACUGGACAAGGUUAGCUUUUAAGUGUGUCAUUUAGUGUGUAUAGCUAAUUUUAGUCUCCCGAGAGAGAGAGAGAAGGUAUAGCAACCAAUGAGCAGAUAGAAAGAUAUGUUUAGGCAAGAUCAAAAACAGUUCCCUCUCACACUCCACUGCAUUUCAUUGCAACUACUCACCGAAAACCUCAUUUGUUCAUAUAACGGCAUAGUACGGUAGAGCACAACAUGAAGCAGCAGGAGAUUCAGGAAAGUCAUGUUUUUUCGUGGUAAUUUAAGGGCAUUUUGGCCGAGUAAAAUUCAAAAUUUAACCCUUUCCAAAUUUUUAUCAGUUUCAAAAUUACGCUUGGUACGAAAAUUGAAUAAAAAAGCGCAAACGGACGGAGAAAGCUUUCCCUCUCGAAGUAAAUUGUAAAAAGCAUGUUUGACGAUAUGUACUCUCGUUAAUAAGGAAUGACCAGUAUAUCACUGCCAGUUAAUACUGAAUUAAUUUCUGUAUUCCGUGCCGAAAGCAGGCUGGAGUACUCGGAAUGAGUAAAUAAUGAAAAAAUAAAAAGCAAACUUAUACGAGAACGCUCGAGAGAGAAUGAUUAGAAGGAUACCGAACACGGUGUAACGCUGUACAGAAAUGAGACAAGUAGGACCUCUUGUAAAAAGUUGAUUAUUACCCAAUUUAUUCUUAUUCAUAAUUAUCACGAAAACCAAUUGGAUCUAAAUCUUAAUCGACAUUUGAUGAUAAGGAACCUUUGAAAAAAAAAAAAUUAAACCUGAUUAAAUGAGAAUCAAGAUUGAACCGAAGCUAAAAACAUUUGAGUAAUAAGAGAAAAAAACAUGUCUUUCAACGUAUCGUUAAGGGAAACAUUGCAGGAUAUUUCACACACCUAAUACGUUGGUACGCGAUUAAAAAAACCUCACGAAAAAGCCAUCCUCAAACCUCAAAACACUAGACUACCAUGUCAUCAAUCCAAACACAGGAGCUAACAGCUAAAUCAACAAUCAUCAAUCAUUUACAUGCUAAAAUCGGUUAUUACCUCCCUCGAAAGUACUAGAGAUUACGAUUAGAAGCACGUUUGUCGAGACUCUCACAGUGGUAGAUACCGGAAGUUGGAAUACAGGUUCAAUACUAUUUUUUCCCUCCGUUCUCGGUGUGUUUGCUGUUGUGACAUUACUGUUUCAAUUCGUUCGUUUCGUUGUUUUUACAUAUUGUAAAUACAAAGCAAAUUGUAUCUUUCGGAUUUCGAUAAACGCGAAAGGAGAGAAAAUGAAACAAUUAUAAAAAAAUUACCUCAGAGGAAACAGGAAAGCAGACAAAAAGUAAUCACCCUAAUAAAACCUGUAUAUACACAAUCCGCAGCAGCCGAAAGUUGCACCACACUUUUGGACGUUUGGCCGACCGUAAAAUAGUGGUAUAGUAAACAAAUAUAUCUAUAUACAUAUAUACUAUAAAAGAAAAGGAAACCAGAAAAAAUUUUACACCGUUUUUGGUUUGGUUAAUUCACUAACCAAUCGUGACAGUUUUACAGUAGCUUUUAAGAGAUCAGAGCAGAGGUAAUAAUUUUAUUUAAAGAAAUAUUAUUUAUCGUAUGUCAUACGUUUGGGGUCGAGCGAUUUAAAAAAAAAAACAGGCAGUCCGUAUCAUCAGAAGGUAAUAGUGGACCCGAUUUCGUUUUUUUGUUUCAAAUACCGCUGAGCGCUACGAACAAAAGCGAAAAGUCAAAGACGCCUCUACACGUUGACGAGUUGUGUAAAAGUGACACCAUUUCUUGAGUGUUUAGCAAAUGAUUGAAAAUAACAAGAAAAUACGAUAGUUGUACGAUACACUUAAUUGCUAAGCUGGACUAUUAUCAACUUAUUGUAUUUUUUUCUGCAAGGAAUACAUACUCUAGAAGUGAAGAUGAUUCGAAAAGAGAGACGAAUGUAAAUGUUUUGUUUCGAGGAUCAAAUCGGCAAUACACUACUGUAGUAAGAAUGAAAAAUAA